AAAAAAAGGAAGGAAAAAACCCACAGAGAGAAACGGAAUAGGAAAAAGAUAGAGCAAAAUCAAGGGCCGACCAUUCAAGGACAAAAACAGAAAGCGUAUAUAAAGCAUAGGGUUUUUUGCACGUUUGCCUUUUUUUUCCCUUUCUUUUCUUCUUUCUUUUACUCACUUUCUCCCUCUACCACCACGAACACCACCUUCAACCACAACAACGUAUAUCGCAAUGGCCCCUGCUGCUAAGAAAGCUACCACUCCCGCCAAGAAGGCUGACCACCCCACCUACGAGGCUAUGAUCAAAGCCGCCAUCCUCGCUCUGAAGGAACGCAAGGGUAGCUCCAGACCGGCCAUCAAGAAGUACAUCCUUGCCAACUACAAGCUCACUCCCGGCUCGCACUUUGAUACCCAAAUCAACGCUGCCAUCAAGCGUGGCGUGACCAAGGGUGCCUUUGUUCUCCCCAAGGGUAAGUUGUGCUCACUCCUUCCCGUGACCGUUUCAUGUGGUCGUUUUUUUGUUUCUGGCACACGCUCAGCUGAGGAAGGGGAAGGAAAAGGGAAAUGGCGACGGAAUGAAAGAGAACGAGGAACUAAAAGGCAGCUAUUGUUGUUUGAUUUUCAGGUAUGUCUGGUACCGUCAAGCUCGCCAAGCCUGAAAAGAAGGCUGCUGCCGACAAGGAAAAGAAGACUGCAAAGAAGCCUGCCGCCAAGAAGGCUGCGCCCAAGAAGGCUGCUCCUACCAAGAAGGCCGCUCCUGCAAAGAAGGCUGCACCUGCAAAGAAGGCCGCCGCUGCCACCACCACCACCACCACCACCAAGAAGGCUGCACCCGCAAAGAAGAGCGCCGCUGCGACCAAGAAGGCUGCACCCGCCAAGAAGACACCCACCAAGAAGUCGUCGACUACCGAGAAGGCUGGUGUGAAGGCUCCUGCUAAGAAGG